GUUGCCAUGGCAGCGUCGCUCCCGGUCCGGGCGCUGAGGUAAAAACCGUUACAACUCCAAAUCGCCCGGCCCCAACCCGCACCUCGACCCCAACCCCAACCCGCCGUGUCCCACUCCGAGCAGACCGAGUCUGAAUCACUGCCGCUUGUUUUAAGGCGCCGGGUGUAAAAGCCAUAUAUGGACCUGCAUAUAUGUACGCUGUCUGUGAAGCCCACCUGCUGCUGCAAAGGCACAGUCGUGUGGCUCAGUGCUGUAACAUGAGGCUCUGCGUGCACACAGAGACAGCUUUUAAUAUCUCAAUAUCCAGGCCACCUAUAAAGGUGACUUUGAGGAAAGAAUGAUGGGACAAGAGUCAGCGUUCAGAGACAGGAAUGGGCAACAAGCAAACCAUUUUCACUCCAGAGCAACUGGAUGCAUAUCAGGACUGCACAUUCUUUACAAGGAAAGAAAUUCUGAGACUGUUCUACAAAUACCGAGAUCUGGCCCCACAGCUCGUCCCACUCGACUACACCGAUAAACCAAACGUGACACUUCCCUAUGAGCUCAUUGGCAGCAUGCCAGAGCUGAAGGACAAUCCGUUCCGCCAGCGGAUAGCAGAGGUUUUCUCAGAGAGCGGAGAUGGCAAUAUGACUUUAGAUGAUUUUUUGGACAUGUUUUCUGUGCUGAGUGAGAUGGCUCCCAGAGACUUAAAGGCUUAUUAUGCUUUUAAAAUUUAUGAUUUUAACAAUGAUGAUUACAUAUGCAAAUCAGAUUUGGAGAAAACUGUUAACAAAUUAACCCGCAACGAACUCACCCCAGAAGAAGUUAGCCUUGCAUGUGAGAAGGUGAUUUACGAAGCUGAUCUGGACAACGAUGGAAAGCUUUCUUUGGAAGACUUUCAGCAUAUGAUAAUUCGAGCUCCGGAUUUCCUCAGCACAUUUCACAUUCGAAUCUGAACAUAGCAAAACAUAAAGAUGAAAGUGCUCCUUCUUGAACAGUUUCUGGAAACGGAAUCAGUCAGAGAACUCUCUUAUUUACCUCUUUAAAAGGGACGGUUCAUCUUUAUUGAAUUUUCCCCAUGGUUUCACAAAAGGUGUGUUUCUGUAAAAUUGUCUGUUCCCACCUCCUUCCCUCACUAGAGCAGUGAUGUGGAAAAAAGAAUAUUUUUUAAGUUCAGGUACCACCAGGUAGGAGGCUGUAUGAAAUUAUAGCUUCUUAAACAAAGAUCCUAUGAAAAUACCCUGUAUCUGUUAAAAACCCCUCAUUGUUACAGACUCAUGCUGCAUGCAGGAAUCUCCAUACUGUUCCUACUGAACUACUCCUUUUCCCCCGAGACACAGAUAGCCCUAGGUUUAAGAAAACAUGAUGCUGCAUACAGAACUUAGUUUUCCUUAGAAAACACACAGUGAGAACGUGCUCAGCUCAAGUUCUGAGGUCCAGAGAAUGCCACCUACUUCAAAAAUAGAUUCAAAAACAUGAUGGUGAAUCUAAAUUGUGUAACCAACUCCUCCGAUGUCCUUUAACAAUCUUAACAAAUGAUUCAGUCAAUCAGCUGGCUCACGUAUUCUCCUAGUGUGUCACAGAAGCCUGAUACAGGUUCUAAGAUGGAUAAAGGGAAGAUUUAUUCAAAAUUUACAAGGAAAACUCAGUUUAAACAACAAAACCAGAUCCUAUCCCAUGUUCUUGGCACUCUUCCCUUUUUUUGGCAAUACACUGUUUUCCACAGAAGGAUCUGUAUGUAUUAAUGAUGAACCGGACUGACAAACUAAAUUUUUUAAGUUCUCUUUUCAUAAGAAGUUUAUUUAUGCAGUGCUCAGGGUCCUGUACAGAGUAAAAACAUACAUACUGUAAUAAACAACAGUUCUGUCUUUUAUACAAACAUCAAAAUCAAUGAGAAGUGUUUAAGAAAGCAGUGGUAAUGUGGGAAAGGAGGCAGCCAGAAGUGGUCCUUCUAAACAUAGUUUACAGUUGCUUAUUAAAAUAUUGGGAUACGUAAAGUUCCCCUCAGAACGAAGUCAUGGGUCCCAACUCAGGCUCAGCUUAGAGCACGAUUCCUGCAGAGGCUGGAGAGCAGCCUGCUGCACUUUGAUCAGCUACAGAAGACAAAAAACUCCAAGCAUCAGUGAAAGAAAUGGGUCAAAGAAUAAGGCAGCCUGAAAUAAUCAGACUGCACAUUACUAUUAAUGUUCAAUCGAACAGAUCUUUAUUUCAUCUAUAAAUGAAGACACAAGUUAGUCAUCAUUCUUUCCCAACCCCUGUGAACUUCCAGCAGAAAUGGAGACCAUUCUUUCAGCAGUCAUUUGUCCAUUUCCUCUCCAGCAUAACCUCCAUCCAUUUCAUGUUCAAGAAAACAAGAAAUCCCAGCAGCUUUUGAGCAUGAGCAUCAGCCGAACCACCACCACAACAAUAAAACCCUUUACAGUUCUCAGUAAGAUGAUUACUAUCCCACACCAAAGGAGACCAAACAAUUUCCAGCAGCAGUAAUGAGACUUACAAUAAUCCAUAGGAUUUAUAAAUCUGAGGCUGAAAGUCUGAUGGUAGCAUGAGGCUCUGAUGUCAUGGAACAUGAGAUGUGCCUAUCAGCA